AUGUCGAUAACAACGCCACCAUCAUUGUCAUUAUUAAAAUAUUUUCAAAAUAAUUCAUCAUUAAUAAAAUUAACUUCAAAACCUACAUCUACACAAUCAAUACCGAGGAUUUCCUUUUUAGAUUAUUCAAAUCGUCAUUCUAAACAUCUUUUUUCUUUAAAGAAUAAUCCAUACAUUAAAAGUUUAUUGCUUUCUAAUACUCAAUUAUAUAGUACAAAUGCAAGGCAUGUUGACGAUUUUUUUUUACAAGAAAAUCAUAAACAUCAAUCAGAUUCAUUUGGAGUCAACCCUGAUUUCAAUGGAGAUUUAUAUGUUGGUGUGAAUGGAUCAGGAGAGAUCGAACCAUUAUAUAUAUCAAAUAAAACACUCACUCUGGGUUCUGAUGGGAAACCAAUAAUUGAUGUGGAGAACAAAGAUAUUGAGGAAAUUUGGGUGAAUUACAAGAAACUCAGUAUUGAGCAGAUUUUAAGUUUAACUGUUUACGAUUAUAAUCACCUGCUUGCUUCAUUUCUAAAACAUUUAUCAAAAAAUUCUAUAUUUAAAUCCGACACCAACAAUAUUCGACCAAACACCAUAAGUUACAAUAUUUUGUUGUCGGGUUUACUAAAUCAAAAACAAAAAAGGUUUGAUUACUCUUCAUCUGUACACAAGGCAGCUCGUUUAUUUUCUGUGAUGGUGGAAAAUAAUGUUGAGAGAGAUCAUAAAACAUACACAUUAUUGAUUAAAGCAUCGGGAGAAUUAAAGAGUUAUGAUAUGGCUUUACAACAUUUUAAUAAUAUGAUAAAAGAAGGAUUGGCGCCUGAUGUAAGAGUGUAUAAUUCCUUAUUAAAUGUGAUUGCUAAAACACAAAAUGAACCAGCGACAGCCAUGGAGAAGUAUAAUGAAAUGAAAUCUAAAGGUCUACAACCUACAAUUGUUACAUAUAAUAUAUUAAUAGGAUUCAUGAAAAAAAAAAAACAAAACCAUUUGGCAUUAGAAUUAUUUGAACAAAUGCAAAAAGAAAGUAUUGUGCCUGACGCAAAGAUAUUAGAAUCUGUAGACAUUACAGGUUUAAAGGCUGCCAAAGUCUUACAAGAGGAAUAUAACGUUAUACCUAAUAUAAGAGACUAUAAUUUAAUGUUAUCGACAGAAUUGAAAAGAUCGGAUUAUGACGAUGCAUUAGAAAUUCAUAAACAUAUGCUUAACAACAAAGUCAAGCCAAAUUUAUCGACCUACGCAAUAAUAAUUGAAGAUUAUGUAAGAAGUAAAGAAACAACAAAUGCAUUUGAUAUAUUCAAUGCUAUGUUGAAAGAUAAUUUGGAAACUGACAUUGGAAUUUACACAGUGUUAGUAAAUGCAUAUUUAGAACAGAAUAAUUUAGAUAUGGCAUUCAAUUUGUUAGAUCAAAUGAAGAGUGGCGUGGCUGAGUUUAAGAUUGGAACACUAGAAUCAAUUAUCACUACAGCUGCUGAAAAUAGCAACGAGGAAUUUGUUGAAAAGAUUUUUAGUUACUUGAAAAGUUUGGGUGUUAUAAUUGACAAGAGCAUUUAUUAUAUUCUAUUGAAUAGGCUGGCAAAAUCGCCAUGGCCAAGAUAUAAAUUAGAAUAUUAUAUACGUGAAAUGGAAGAGAAUGAAGUACCCGUAAUAAGAGCUGUAUUUUUUAAUAUAAUUAGCGGAUGUUGUGAUGUGAAAAAUAUCAACGAGGCAGAAUAUUGGUAUAAUAAAAUGAUAAAUGUAUAUCAAUUAAUACCAAAUCCAAAAAUUUUAACAACAUUGAUGUAUACCUUCAUAGAUAAUAGAGAUUUAUACAAUGGUAUAAACUACUUUAAGGAAUAUUUUAGGUGGAAAGCUCAACUUCUUGAAUAUGAAGUUAUGAAUUUGUUGGAUUUAUGUGAGAGAUUAGGUGCUCGGAAAGCUUUAAAUUAUAUAAUAAAUCUGCUAGGUGAAAAUGGGUAUCAGGAAUAUGUACAUAAAUAUGAGAUUAGAAGACAAUUGAUUGACAAUAAAAUGGAAACAAUCAAUUGGUUAAAUAGACAUGUAUCAUCAGCAUCAAAUAGAAAUUUAAAAUUAUUUAUUAACAAAGAGAAGUAUGCUGUAAAAAAAAAUAUUAUUUAUAAGAAAUUAGAUCAUAAUGCUGCUAUUAGAAUAAAAAAUUGGAAACCUUAUAGUGAAAAUAAUAAACAAUAA